AUGCCGCGCAAAGCCAUUGACUCGCGCAUUCCCGCGCUCAUCCGAAAUGGCAUCCAAGAGAAAAAGCGAAGCUUCUUCGUGGUCGUGGGCGACCGUGCCAAGGACGCAAUCGUCAACCUGCACUGGAUCAUGUCCGGCGCCGACAUCAAACAGAACAAAUCAGUGCUAUGGGCGUACAAAAAGGACCUGAUCGGAUUCAGCAGCCAUCGCAAGAAGCGCGAAGCCAAAAUCAAAAAGGAAAUAAAACGGGGUAUCCGCGAGCCCAACUCCGAAGACGCCUUUGAGCUGUUCGUCAGCUUGAAUCAAAUCCGCUAUGUGUAUUAUAAGGAGACUGAGAAGAUCCUGGGAAAUACCUAUGGAAUGUGUAUCUUGCAGGAUUUCGAAGCUAUAACCCCGAAUCUGCUGGCUCGCACGAUCGAGACUGUCGAGGGAGGGGGUAUUGUGUUGCUGCUGUUGAAGGGAAUGAAGAGUUUGAAGCAGUUAUAUACCUUGUCGAUGGAUAUCCACUCUCGUUAUCGCACCGAGGCGCACGACGAUGUGGUUGCACGGUUUAAUGAACGGUUCAUUUUGUCUCUGGGAAGCUGCGAUUCCUGCCUCGUCGUGGAUGACGAGUUGAAUGUGCUCCCAAUCUCCGGCGGAAAGAAUGUUGCGCCUCUCCCAGCUCCCAAUCCCACCGAGGACGAUAAAUCGCCGGCACAAAAAGAGCUGCAGCAAAUAAAAGACAGUCUAGUAGACUCUCAGCCCGUGGGAUCGCUGGUCACCCUCGCAAAGACGGUUGACCAAGCCAAGGCUUUGCUCACUUUUGUUGAUGCCAUUGCCGAGAAGACUUUGCGGAGUACCGUCACUCUCACCGCUGGUCGUGGUCGUGGAAAGUCGGCCGCCUUGGGUGUCGCUAUAGCUGCUGCUGUUGCUCACGGCUACAGCAAUAUCUUCAUCACGUCUCCGAGCCCGGAGAACUUGAAGACUCUGUUUGAGUUUGUUUUUAAAGGGUUUGAUGCUCUGGGAUACCUAGAUCAUGUCGAUUAUACGAUCCUGCAAUCAACGAACCCGGCUUUCAACAAGGCUAUUGUUCGUGUCAACAUCCAUCGAAAUCAUCGCCAGACCAUUCAGUACAUCCAACCCCAGGAUGCUUAUGCUCUCGGACAAGCGGAGCUUUUGGUGAUUGAUGAGGCCGCUGCCAUCCCCCUACCGCUGGUGCGGAAACUGUUGGGACCGUACCUGGUUUUCAUGGCAUCGACUAUCAAUGGUUAUGAGGGUACUGGCCGGUCAUUGUCCCUGAAGCUCAUUCAACAGCUGCGAGAGCAGAGCCGUGGAACCAGCCUGAAAGAUGCAGCAGAUACCGAUGUUGCAGACCGCGCAACUGGAAAGUCAGCAAAGAAUUCAGACAAGGGCAUCAUAGGCAGCCGGUCCUUAAGAGAAGUCACUCUGUCCGAGCCCAUUCGUUAUGCCGCUGGUGAUUCUGUCGAGAAGUGGCUCAAUAAAGUUCUGUGCUUGGAUGCAACUCUCCCCAAGUCAAAGAUGAACACACAGGGAUGUCCGCAUCCGUCUCAAUGUGAGCUGUUGCACGUCAACCGUGACACGCUCUUCUCUUUCCACCCUGUGUCCGAGAAAUUUCUUCAGCAGAUGAUGGCUUUGUACGUGGCCAGUCAUUACAAAAACUCACCGAACGAUCUUCAGCUCAUGAGUGAUGCACCAGCUCAUCAGCUCUUUGUCUUGGUGCCACCCAUUGACGAAGAAGCCACUAAACUGCCAGAACCAUUGUGCGUUAUCCAAGUCGCCCUUGAGGGUCGCAUUAGCCGGGAGAGCGUCUUGAAUAGUCUGAGUAGAGGUCAGCGUGCUGGUGGUGAUCUCAUCCCAUGGCUUGUCAGCCAGCAGUUCCAAGAUGAAGAUUUCGCAGGAUUAUCAGGAGCACGUAUCGUACGCAUUGCCACGAACCCGGAAUAUAUAAAUAUGGGAUACGGAUCGCGCGCGCUGGAACUGCUUGUUGAUUUCUACGAAGGCAAAUUUGCAAGCCUCUCCGAGGAUGCUGCCUCGCAACCCGUAGAGAGCAUGGUUCGUGUUACGGACGAGCAGCUUGAAAAUGCCAACUUGCUGGAUGAUGAUAUCCAUGUGCGCGACAUUCGCUCCAUGCCUCCGUUGUUUGGCAAGCUGUCUGAGCGACGGCCAGACUCGCUGGACUACGUUGGAGUCAGCUACGGAUUGACACCAACGCUACAUAAGUUCUGGAAGCGUGCAUCCUUUAGCCCCGUGUAUCUCCGUCAAACCGCCAAUGAAUUGACUGGCGAGCACUCGUGUGUCAUGCUCCGAGCAUUGGCCGCGGGAUCCAACGACAUCAGCUGGCUGAGCGCAUACGCAAGAGAUUUCCAUAAACGCUUCCUUUCGCUCCUGUCCUACCAAUUCAAGGAAUUCCCCGCUGUCUCGUCUCUCAGCAUCUGCGAGUCCGCCAACGCUGGCUCCAAAUUGGACCCUUCAUUCUCGCCAUCGCCAUUGACCAAGGCCGUAUUGGAUGACGCUUUCUCGCCGUUCGAUCUCAAACGCCUCGACAGCUACGCAAACAACAUGCUCGAUUACCACGUCAUCUUGGACAUGGUCCCCACCGUCGCACAAUUCUACUUCCUAGGCAGUCUCCAAGGCAAAGUUAAUCUGUCUGGUGUCCAGCAAUGCAUUCUCCUCGCAGUCGGUCUUCAGCGGAAGAACGUUGACGUGCUGGAAAAGGAGCUAAACCUGCCUUCCUCCCAGCUACUAGCUAUGUUCAUCAAAAUCAUCAGGAAAAUCUCCACGCAUUUCCGCGGCUUGCUUGAAGGCGCUGUCGCUGCGACUCUCCCCGAGCAGCCGACUACUGUAGAUGCCUCUGGUGCGCACGACGAUGUCGUCGUUGAUAAAUUCCAACCCCUUGAGACAGGCUUGGAAGAAGAGUUGCGCGAGGGAGGCGAACAAGUCGAUCAAGCCUUGAAGGAUAAACAACGCGCUUUGAUCGAUGCUCUUCCCCUUGACCAAUACGAAAUCAACAACGGCACAGCCGGCUGGGAAGAAGCAGAGAAGCAAAUCCGACGCGGCGGCGCAGCAACCGUGAGCGUGAAAAGCAGCAAAGCCUCCAAGCGCAAGGCAGGAGAAUCCGCGCGAGAGAUUUACGACCAGGAGAUUGAGUCCAAGAUUCAGAAAAAGAUCAAGAAGGGAACAGAGGGUAGGAAGAAAUAA